AUGUCUGAAAAACAACAAAAAAAUGUGCUUUCUCGUGAACAAGAAUAUCAAACCCUGUUUAAUAUAGCACUUCAAGUUUACAAAAAAAAAGAUUUCAAAACAUCUUAUUGUUCUUUUCAAUCUAUUGUAUACAGAUAUAAUAUAGAAGAAACGAAAUUAGCAUAUGAUGCAAAAUACUAUUUAGCAAUUUAUUUGAUGAAUAGGUUCGGAGUUAGUAAGAAUCAAAAUGAAGCUCGUAGUCUUUUGAAAGAAGUUUCCACAA